CUGACAGAAGAACAGUAGAAGCUCGAAGAAUACUGAAACAGCCCUCGAAUCCAGCCUUUUACCAUCGCAACGUCCGAGCAAGUUCAAACAUCUGCUCAGUACAUCAAUGCUUAUUGGUUUUUUGCUUUUAUGAUGAAGAGCGCAAAAUGUGGCCAAAUGCGUAUACCUCACCGCAGAUCCUUCCUCCUGGGUCAGUGGCAAGUUGGCAUUCAAUGCCACCGAAACCUAAGCGUCGCAAGAUAGAUGUUGCGUGCGAGACAUGUAGAUUGAGAAAGUCCAGAUGCGAUGGGCAACGUCCAAAGUGCGGUGCGUGCACGAGACGAAAGAAUGUCGGUCCAGUUUGCGUGUAUUCGGGAGAUCCUCUAGAAGGGUAAGAUUCAACAUUUGACAUAGUGAAAUAGCCUUUGGCUUCUCUAAACUGGCAUAGCCAAGUCAUGGCACAAACAUCGGCCAUAGGAUUUACGACAUAUCAUUUUAAUGAUACCCCUUCCUCAUCGAUUCAAUCUUCAAGUGGACAUGCAGAAUGCAUUUCGCAAGCUAUAAGUCCAACUCUCAACCGACACCAAACGGAACUCUACAAAUCUAAACAAGAAGCGCUCCCUGAUACGCCAGAUCAAGUCCGUGCCGAUUCGGGGAGCCAAGUCCAAAAAUUUGGCGUAAACAGGGAAAACUCAGCUGCCGAUGAAGCUGUUAGCGGUGAAUCCAACUGGAUAUUGGCGGCUGGACUAUUGGCGGCUUCCAGCUCAGCCAAAUUUUUCAAAAAAGUCUUCGGUGGAGCGGAGACAGAGAGCUUAACCGAUAAAAAUCAAAAUGAUCCCAAAAACGCUCCCAGUGCCACAACAACUCAUAUCAAGCCCGCCAGAUCUGUUAUUUCAGCGAAAGAAGCUCAGUCCACCGAGGAAAUUCUGCCGAGUCGCAAAGUCGCCGACGAACUUGUCUAUCUAUUCUUCAAGCGGGCGCCCAUACACUGGAUAGAUCGCUUGAAGCUGAUGCAAUGGUAUGAGAAGCUGUGGACUGCGAAUGACGGAGGCGAAGGCGAAAAAGACUGCGCUGAAAACCAAAUACAACACGCCACUCUCAAUAUAAUUUUCGCUCUGGUAUAUCAAACAGAGCCAGAUCAAAUUUCGGAAUACCAAGACAAACUCGCACACGAAUAUUUUCGUCGAGCCGAAAAGCUAUUACAUCAUAGUUUGUUUGACCUUAAUCGGCUGGACCUUCUAUUUGCAUUUCUCUUAAUCACUCAAUGGUUCCAGAGCGUCAACGACGUGCGACAGUGCACUUCUACAGUAAGACUCUGCAUUAUGAUUGCGUACAACCUAGGUCUUCACGUGCCAGGAAAAAUUAUGUCUCUUCGAAAUCAGCGACAGCGGGAAAUGGCUCUUCGUGCCUGGCACGGAUGUGUUUUGAUGGAUCGUAUAACAGCAAUGAUAUCUGGUCAGCCCUUGCAAAUUCCUCAGGAUGUUGCGUCACAAAUUCCUUUAUUCGAAGCCAUAGAUGAUGAAUAUUUGAGUGAUAGCAGCCUUAACGGAAUACAGCCGGCAGGGAAGCCUUCGAUUCUUUCGUUCUAUCUCGCAUUUUGUCAGCUCCACCUCAUCCUUGGCGACAUAUUGGUUCAUUUUCACGAUUGCCGCCGGGAAAUUCGAGACAAUCUUGACCUUAAUCAUAUCAUAGAAGUGGAUGAGAGGCUGGACCAAUUUUACAACACUUUGCCUAGCCAUCUCCGUCUCGAGAAAGACAACAAAUCCUUUUAUGCCGCAACAGGGCAAAGCGUCCAUCUCUAUUCCCGCUUCUUGCACAUUCGAAUCAUUCUUUAUCGCGUGUUUUUUCAACAUGCUGCCGAAAAGCUGAAUCGCUCAGAAUCAAUAUCAAUCUCCCGCUUCGCUGAUAAUGUGACCCACCAAGGUCUACUAACUUGCGUUCGUACGGCGCAAGAGAUAUUAGAGCUCAUCAUUUUCAGCCUCACACCUGGCGAAAAUGAAAGUCCGCGUAUCGCACCACAGUGGUGGCACAGCAUAACAUAUGUAUUCAUAGCGGCAACUGUUUUGAUCGCUGCGCAUUUAUUUCCUACUAUUACUGAAGAGAUUUCAACUACCAGCUUGGAGAACUCGAUCCGAAAGGGGUUUCAAAUUCUGGAUCAUUUCGGUGAGGAGAAGAAUUCGGCACAGCGAUGCAAAAUGGCGCUUACUGUGUUGUACAAGAGACACGUUGAGCCGCUUCACGAGAUGCCGAGUCAAAGUUCAAAUACGUCUUCACCUCCUAAUGAUUCUUCUUGUCAUAUUUCUGCACAAAUUGAUGAUAAUCAUGUUUCUAGUGGCUUUUCGUGGGACUUGGGGGAUCUUUCAGAUCUCUUCCGCGGAGAAAGCAUGGAAUCGUUAUUGUUCAAUACAAACAUUUUUGAGUGAAAAAUCGAGAGACAUGCUUUCUGCAGCUCCGGAUGCAGUGCGGACGACAGCAAUACAGGGUAAUUUUGUUGAAUAUGGUGGCUCUAGCUAGUUUGUCUCCUCCACACGCGAAUGUCAGAAUAGUUGAGUAAAUGCCACCCCUCCAAUUCGAGAAAACAUCCG